AUGGGCUUAAAUGAUUUCACGAAAAUUCCCAACGGCGUGAAUGGAAUUGAAGACCGAAUGGGUAUCGCAUGGGAGCGAGGAGUCUACCGAGCUAAGAUUGAUCCAAUGAAAUUUGUAUCAAUUACAAGCUCGAUGGCAGCCAAGAUCUUCAACAUCUAUCCCAGAAAGGGCAGAAUUGCCAUUGGUUCCGAUGCAGACGUGGCUAUUGAUUACAACGUUUACGAGGGACAAGUGAUACAUGGUAUAGCAGAAACAACCAUUUCGCGUGGAAAGGUUGUAUGGACAAAAAAUCAGCUUCAAACUACACCUGGUUCCGGCAAAUUUAUCCCGCUUCUUCCAUUUUCUCCAAUCGCUUACGCCUCUCAUGAACAAAGAGCUCAGGUGAUGAUUGUUUGUAAAAUUCCAGUAGAUGGGGACUAUCACAAACCUUCAUUUUGA